AUGUCUUCUGCAGCCCACGUCCACAGUGUCGCCGUCUCGGGCUUUGGCGAGGGCACCAAUGAUCUCUAUGACCGUGCUCGCCCAUCGUACCCGGCCUCUUCCCUCGACUACAUUUACAAGACCAUUGGCGACAAGCCUGGUCUCACCGUUGUGGAACCAGGAUCGGGGACUGGCAUCUUUAGCCGCCUUCUCCUGGCCCCCGCCACCCCGGAGUACCCGUCGUUCAACCUCAAGACGCUCGUCUCCGUCGAGCCAAGCUCUGGAAUGCGCGGGGCUUGGGAGCGCGGCCUUGCCAAGGUACCCCAAGACGCUCUCGAGGGUGGUGUGGACGCACGCACCGUGGACGGCGGCUUUGACGACCUCACCAAGACUGGUCUCGACAAGGGCUUGGCCGACGCAGUCAUCAUUGCUCAGGCAUGGCACUGGUGUCCCGACCACGAAAAGGCGCUCACUGAGAUUGCGUCCGCACUCAAGCCCGGGGCGCCGCUCGUUCUCAUCUGGAACCUCGAGUCUAACGAGGACGCAUGGAACCACAAGCUCCGCGAGUACUACCAGGCCUACGACCUCGGCACGCCGCAGUACUACCGCGGGCUCUGGAGAGCCAUGUUUGACUCCAAGGCGUACAAGGAGCUCUUCCAGCCGGCCGAGGAGAAGCAAUUCUCCUGGACGAUUGGUAUGACGGAAGACCAGGUCGUGGACCGUCUCUUCUCAAAGUCGUACCUCACCGAAGCUCACCUCAAUGGCGACAAGCGCGUCCAGUUUGAAAAGGACGUUCGCAAGAUUAUCUCGGACGGCCCACACGAAUGGAUUGACGAAAAGAACGGCAUCUUCAAGUACAAGUACAACACGGACGUGGUCGUGAUCCGCAAAGCAGAAUAA